UUUGCAUUUGACGACGAUGUAUUUGUAACCAAAGCUGAACGCAUCAUUCCCGAGCAAGCACCCUAUACGGCCAAAGAAGAGAACGACGGUUGGUUUCAUUCUUUUGACGAUUAUGAUAGUUUAAUGCUCGAAAGACACGGACCGAAUCAGUUGAAAAGUGCAAUUGAACAUGAUUAUUUCCGUAAACGCUAUGCGCAAGCUUUGAAAGAAAUGGGCAAUUUGUUAGUUCAGGCACGGGUCUAUCCACUUUGUGGUCGGCCCGGUGACGCCCUGUCUGCUGUGGUCCGGUACCACAAGCUACGACGCUUAGAUUACCAUGCUUGGCAUCUCUCAGCGACCAUCAUGUACACUCCUCCCUUACCACAGGUCAAUAGUCAUGCUGUGUCUGCGAUGCGAAACCAUAUAGCCCAUGCAGCGAUUCAACGAUCUAUCAGAAUCAUGACAGCAAGUCAGUGGGCGCUAUCUAUUGACCAUGUACGAAGGCGGUAUGAACGCGAACUGGAGCAGCUGCAGACACUCGCCAAACAGAUCACCGAAAACCAAGGCAACGCGGACACUUUUUUCACAUGGAUGCAGUCUGUAUCACCACCAGCGUCCCACCCCGAGCAACUGGCGUCAGUGGGCUUGGAUAUGUUUGAUGCAGAUGACAUUGAUUUCAUAUAUCGCACGUGUGUCAUGUAUCAAGAG